AUGAAGAAAUCCACCUAUGUUCUUGCUUCAAUUCUUGGGUUGCUUUUUUUGUUUGGCGCAAAUUCAGUAAAUGCUCAAGAAGUUGAGGAUGAUAGAGAAUUUGAUUAUAUAAAGGGAAGCCCAAAGGGUCCAGAAAAAUGGGGAGAUUUGAAGCCAGAAUGGUCAGCAUGCAAGAAUGGAAGAAUGCAGUCUCCCAUUGAUCUGUCACUUCCUGAAGUCAUAUUUAUGUCACAGCCAGAAAGGACGACUUAUAAGCCUUUCUAUGCCACUCUCCAAAAUAGGGGUUAUGAUAUAUCGGUUCAAUGGAAAGGUGAUGCAGGAUCAAGAUUUAUUAAUGGCACGGAGUACCGUCUUCAACAAGUCCAUUGGCACACUCCUUCUGAACACACUAUUAAUGGUAGAAGGUACGACAUGGAACUGCACAUGGUACACGAAAGUCCCGACGUUAAUGUGCAAAACAGGACUGCGGUUGUUGGUGUCUUGUACCAGAUUGGCCGUCCUGAUCCAUUUCUCUCCAUGUUAAAUGCAAGUAUAUCAUCCGUGAUUGGUAAAAAGGAUGAAGCGGUAAAUUUGGGAGUAAUUAAUCCAAAUGAUAUUGAAUCAGGAAGUCCAAGUUAUUAUAGAUACAUGGGAUCACUUACUACACCUCCUUGUACUGAAGGAGUUAUUUGGACUGUUAAUACUAAGGUGAAGACUGUUUCAAGAAGUCAAAUUAAUUUGCUCAAAGAAGCAGUCCUCUAUUAUGCUAAAGAAAAUGCCAGGCCAUUGCAACCACGUAACAACCGAGAUAUUUUCCUCUACUUCUCCAGAUUUGGACCACUGACAUUCACAAAUUUGCAACCUUUGUAUCAGAUGUAA